GUGGCAACGCCAUUCGAUAUAGUUGCCACACAAGUUUAUUGUAUCACAUCGUUUUUCUUGCGGUGCGCGGCCGCCUGAGUUUUAGCUCUUUUUAAUUAAAAGAAAACUGCCAGUAGGCUGCUAAAAGUUAAAUAGAACAUUUUUACAUUGCUAUUCUAACUUAAAUCAUAUAAAACUAAUCAGCGCCGCGUUUUACGUCAGCCCGGCGGCAGUGACUAUGCAGUCCCAUAGCAAAAAGCGCGUUUGCUACUAUUACGACAGUGACAUUGGCAACUACUACUAUGGCCAAGGUCAUCCCAUGAAGCCCCACCGCAUACGCAUGACCCACAAUCUGUUGCUCAACUAUGGACUCUAUCGCAAAAUGGAGAUUUAUAGACCACAUAAAGCCACAGCGGAUGAGAUGACAAAAUUUCAUUCAGAUGAAUAUGUGAGAUUUUUACGUUCCAUACGUCCGGACAAUAUGACGGAGUACAACAAACAGAUGCAGCGCUUCAAUGUGGGCGAAGAUUGUCCCGUCUUCGAUGGACUGUACGAGUUCUGUCAACUCUCCGCCGGAGGAUCAGUGGCCGCAGCUGUUAAGCUGAACAAACAGGCCUCGGAGAUCUGCAUCAAUUGGGGUGGCGGACUGCAUCAUGCCAAGAAAUCAGAAGCUUCCGGCUUUUGCUAUGUCAAUGAUAUCGUGCUUGGAAUCUUGGAGCUGUUGAAGUAUCAUCAGCGAGUGCUCUACAUCGACAUCGAUGUGCAUCACGGCGAUGGCGUGGAGGAGGCAUUCUAUACCACAGAUCGUGUGAUGACUGUCAGCUUUCACAAGUACGGAGAAUACUUCCCGGGCACGGGAGACUUGCGAGACAUUGGCGCUGGCAAGGGCAAAUACUAUGCUGUGAAUAUUCCACUGCGCGAUGGCAUGGACGAUGAUGCCUACGAAAGCAUCUUCGUGCCCAUAAUAUCGAAGGUGAUGGAGACCUUCCAGCCAGCUGCUGUGGUGCUGCAAUGCGGUGCAGAUUCGUUGACGGGCGAUCGUCUGGGCUGCUUCAAUCUGACCGUCAAAGGACACGGCAAAUGCGUCGAGUUUGUUAAGAAAUACAAUCUGCCCUUCCUGAUGGUCGGCGGCGGCGGCUACACCAUACGAAAUGUCUCCCGGUGCUGGACCUACGAGACGUCGGUUGCUCUAGCUGUUGAAAUUGCCAACGAGCUGCCCUACAACGAUUACUUCGAGUACUUCGGACCAGACUUCAAGCUCCACAUCAGUCCGAGCAAUAUGACAAAUCAGAACACAGCCGAAUAUCUGGAGAAGAUCAAGAAUAAGUUGUUUGACAAUUUGCGUCUGUUGCCGCACGCGCCGGGUGUUCAAAUCCAGGCCAUACCCGAGGAUGCGAUCAACGAUGAGUCCGAGGACGAGGAUAAGGUGGACAAAGACGAGCGUUUGCCGCAGAGCGACAAGGACAAACGCAUUGUGCCGGAGAAUGAGUAUUCGGAUUCAGAGGACGAAGGCGAAGGCGGCCGCCGGGACAACCGCAACUACAAGGGCCAACGCAAGCGGCCGCGUCUCGACAAGGAGCCCAUCAUUAGCAAUGCCAGCAGCAAAGCCAGCGCCGAGAGCAGCGAAACCAAGGAUGAAAAGGAGAAGGCUGAAGGUGAAGGCGAGGAAUCCGCCACAGCCAACAAUACGAAUAGCAGCAGCAGCAACAGCGGCGGCAGCAAUAGCAACAAAGAUGAUGCUGCCACGCCCACGGCUGGUGGUGGUAAUGCCGCCUCCGCUGCAUCGAAGGGCGCCAAGGAGAACAAUAUAUGACGUGGCGGCCGCAAUUGGUUAUAGAAGCCAAUUAAGCGACCGCCCAAAUACAAGCCGCCGGAUUUCACCUAGCAUACGGAUCCAAAAGCAGUGCAAAACUGUACAAAUUCAGGGAUCCCGGAGCUUAGUCAAAUAAAAGAGGGAAAAACGAAAAAAAAA